GAGAUCAUCUCUUGCUGUACUCUCGAGCGAUCUGUUUCCUCGGCUCUGUAGCUCUUUUUCACUUCUUCCUCUAUAUGAUCCAGGCCUGCUUGGACUCCCUCGCUUUUAUGAACCUGUAAAACUUUUAGCGACAACUCAAAUCUGCGCUGAUCACAAUACAAAGCAAACGAACACCUUCUUUUCUGCCGCCAACUCGUGUUCUCCACGUUGCUCACUCAUUCUACAUUUCAUUCUCAAGACAACAUAAUUCAUUUUCUGAUUGCUUUUGCUCGCUAUUCGAUCCCUGACUGGUUCAAGAAGACUACGCGAUACGCGGCUUGUCUUCCGAUAUCUCCUGCUCUGCCCACGGCUGUCAUUUCUUCCCGGCAUCCUGUCUCCAGCUGGCCAGGUCACGAUCUCUUGAACGUGUAAACAACGAGGCUACGUAUUAGAGGGACUACCAAUUGGCGAAACAAAUGCAUCGCUUUCGCAAAAAAUCCGACGCCAAACGCGCCCAGGCUGCAGAGUUCCAGGAAGCACCUACGCCUUUACCUCCCCAGCUCGCACCACCGCAGAUUCCCCUACCGUCCUUACCGCCCGUAUCAGACUUCCGCACGUCAUUGAUACUCCCAGAUCUUACUCGACGCUUUAGUGUCCUUCGCAACGCUGACGGCAUACCAAUUGGCUUUCACGAUCUCAAGUCCAAAUUCGCGGAGCAGAGGGCGAAGGGGUCUGAGAAUCAAGUGACAGAGGAAGAGGAGGAUAUGAUUCUCGAAGCGUUGGGGCGCAUCCAUGCAAGAAGUACUCGACCUAGAGCGAACGUUGGUGGGAACAACGAGGGUGUUAAUGAGGAUCCGAAUGAUUCGUCAACGUUGAGUAUGGCCGAGGACCCGGACGGUGGCUCUAGAAUAUCAGCUUCUCCGUCCCUUGUUGGCCGCCAGUCCGUUCGAUCUACGGCUACGACCUCGAGUUCUGUGCUGCAAGGAUCUGUAUCUGCUACAUCCGUUUCUUCUGGGAAGACCUCGCAGUAUAGCAGGCGGAUGAGUAACAACCUCUUCGGGUCAGGCAAGUUUCGAGAUCACUCCUACAUGCGUACUCAGCGUACCCGGACGGAGAGUACUCGAUCGUCUGUAACGCAGUCCGAUUCGAAUCCCAGCACUAGCACUGUUACCAGCAGAGCACCCAACAACAACUCUGUGUAUUCUGAUAGUCUCCGGCCUGUCACACCCGAGAACGGCAGCGUCUAUACAAGCUCUGCACCGGGGAGCCCCAACAACAAUGCCUUGAUUGGCAGUGGAGCAGAGUCGAUUGCGAGUACGCAAGGUAUUGCGCGGUUGUCCAAGACCCUCUCUCCCGAACAUUUGAAGCGUGCUUCGUUGGCGUUGGACGAGGUUAUCAGAGAACUAGAGGAGGAAGGGGAUGACGAGAUUGUGAUGGAACGAUCGCCGAUCAAUCGCCUUCCUGUUGUUUCUGCUGAAGCGCCGCAAGACGGACAUGAAUCUUCCCCUAGUCCGAUGCUGCCGUCACCAGCAGAUUACGAAGCUGGUGCUUCCUCCUCAGAUGAUCAGAUCGUAACCGACGCAGACGAAAGUCAGCGUGUCUCGCCAUUUCCUUCGAACCGCGCAACUUCACCCGCUCACGGUCGACUACCUGGAUAUAUCCCUGGGAUGCCACGACCUAUGACUCCUCACGAUAAUUCUAUGGACCUUGACGACCAAACUCCCUCUGCUACCCCACGAGCCACGUCCCCUCGACUUCCCGGCACUCAAGGGAAUGUAUCCCAUGCGCCGUCUCAAAUCAUUACUUCUAAUAUGUAUAGAAGUAAUUCCUCAGCUUCAACUUCUCGGCAGACCUCGAGGCCAACUUCUCCUACUAGCCCUGUUACGACGCCAAUAUCGUCUGUCGCUCCUCUUAUGCUGAAUAGAAGUACAAACGGGAGGUUUACUCCGGAAGACCGUUCCCGUAAUGGCGGAGCAGCCUCUCCCACGUCUGACCCGCUUGACUCACCUAUUCUGGGAAGACGAAGACCGAUAUCCCCGUUGUCUGCACCCGCAUUCCAGCCUCUGGCAUCUAUGUCAUCCGGUUCCCGUCCGAGCGCACCAUCGAACAUAACUUGGAACGUCGCUGCGAGCCCCACAAGUUCAAGAGGACCACAUGUUAGGAAUGGAAGUUCGUCAGGGCAUAGUAGAAGUGACAGCUCUACGAGUAUCGGAAUGACCAGUGAAGGUGCUGAUGCGGAGGAACGUCCAAAUGCCAGUGCAGACGGAAGGAGAGUUCGUUCGCCUGCGUUGCCGGAUUCGCCUUGGGUGGAUAGCGGACGUGCGAACGGUGGUUACUCAACCGAUUCUGAAUAUAGACCGUCUACUGCAAUGUCAGCCAUGGACCUUGGAUCACCGAUUCAGAUUGCGAAUAGACCCUUGCGCUCACCUACACCGACUAAUAAUGGUAAUGGUGUUGCCCGCUCGCCGACGUCUCCAAGUUUCCCUGAGUUUGGUAGUAUUUCGUCAAACACGACUCUGAACGGCGGUCCCAGUCGAAGAUCGUCACGACAGAAUGGCGGUGGUCAUCAUUCUUCUUUCUCUCUUGGAUCCACACACGCAUUGCUCCUUUCGCCUCUUGCGAAUUCUUCGCAUUCAUCCUUGGAAUCGGCUGGAUCAAGCUAUCACUCAUGGGACGAGGACCAUAAGAAAGAUCGGCUGUUUACUUUGUUCAGUCAGCUCGAAACUGAACAUACAGAGUGGCACGAUAUCACCGUUUCCGUCCACGACAAGACGGCUUCGAGCUCUGCGUCUGCAUCAAUACCGCAUGACGCACCGGUGGUCGAAGCGGAUAGAAUAGUGAAGCACGAGCUUGGGUUAUCAAGGAAUGACUUCAUUGCUAUCCAAGAACGCUUGGUGAACGUUGCAUUGACGAAGGCUGCUACUCCUGAGGGGCGACACCGGGCUGCUUCUAUUCGUAGGCGCAGACCAUCAACUUCGCAGUCGAAUUACUCUAAUAAUGGAGGCGAUAGCAGGGUGGCCAGUCCUGCGCCUGCACCUCAACUACAGUCCUCCGUAUCUGCAGUGUCUGCUUCACGUUCGCCAAACAGUGAGCAUAUAGCCAAAGUCAAUGCUCUCCUGGAUUCGGUAGUUGAUAGCAUUCAAGCACCCCAAAGUGACAACGUCCGUGUUAAUUCGGUGGAUAGUCCUGCCUCUGCUUCUGUUGAACCCAGUCCAGUGGCACCAGCACCGGUGGUUUCCACACCAACACAACGCCAUAGGGCUUUAGCAGACGCUCUGUUUGGUGUCGAAGAUCGUCAACAAACGACGAAUGCGUCCGAAGUGCAGAUCACAGUCAGCCCAGACCCUGCACCUUCUCCUGCACCAGCUUCCGAACGUGCAGAUUCCUCGAGAACUAUUACGAUGUCAAGGUCCAAUUCCUCUGCGAGAGAUCUUACAACGUCAGGAUCUUCUGGUAUGCAGACGUCUUCGAUGCCAUCAAGUAUGCAUGGGCAUACCCACAUGGACCCCACCCUUUUGUUCGAGGUUCAGCGGCGAGCAGAGGCAGCGACGGCGGCUUUACGCAAGAGUCCCUCUAACCCUAAGCUUGCGGAGGGGAAUGGAUCAACAAGAAAACGAGUUAGUCCGAACCAGAUCUCAUCACCUAAGCUUGUGUCCGCUUCGACGAGCGUCGAUACCAUUCCCCUGCCUCCUUCAACUUCCGUCUCAGCCAACCAACACAGUUCAUCGAUAAAGUUUGGUUCUCGGUUCAAGAAAUUGAGGGGCACUCUUCGCUCGAAGCCGCAACCGAAUGGAGAAGAGAUCUCGCCAUUCCCUCUCGAUUUGAAAACACCUACGUCAGCUCAGACACUCUCUUUCAGUCCCGCUACCCUGUCUGUACCUGGACAACCUACCAUUUUUAGUGCCAACGAGUCUACGCAAUUUAGAGUGUCACCACCGGUCCUGCCUAGCCCACCUGCUUCCGCUGGACCUACGUCUACUUCAACUUCCAAAGGUGGUUUCUUCUCGAGAUUCCGCAAACAGCGUCCACACGAAGUUUCAGCACCUCUUGACCGCCACUUCCGAGCGCCUAGGUCUUCAACGUCUUCUUCUCCAAACUCUGCCCCGGCUACAAACAGUCCAGAGAUUCGAUCAGCACCCGUCCUUAGAUCCCAGAGCCCCAUAACGCAGCCUGCCGUUAGAUCCCAGAGUCCCGUAGCGCAGCCUGCGUCUUCAAGACCAAUGUCGCCGCAUAUGUUCAUGCCAAACGCCGUUAUACCUGAGGAUUCUGUAGCGCAAGUAGAGAACAAAAGCCAAGAUGCUGCUUUGCAACAGUUGUUCGAUGCUGCAAAUAACCUUGGCUUGGAUCAAGAUGCAUUGCAUCAGCUGAUCGCUCGAUCUCCAUCGACCUCAUCCCGCUCUACGUGGACACAGUUGAGCCGAGCUACUUCACCUGCCGAAAAGCGAAGAAGUCAACAACGAACAAAUCUUCAGCCUCCAGCCCUCUUGGAUCAGCGACCUAGCAUUGAUGCGGCUUCUCCACGUCCAUCGACUGAAGUCAGACAGCUAAAUAUCCGCAAGAACACUGAACCAAGUAUACCUAGACUUCGACCGGAUGCCGGCACGUCUGAUGCUGCAUCUAAUGCCAUUGUUCGCAGAACAAUCAUAUACCCUUCCGAUUCCCGGACGUCCAAUGUGGACUGGAAUGCUCUCAUCCGUAAACAGUCCACUUCUCGCCGUCGUCGUUCUGCUGGUGCAGGUUCCUUGCAAUCAAAUCGGUCGAUCCAUGAUCGGGCGCCCACACCGCCGCCUCCCAAGUCUGGAGGAAAACGGUUCUCGUCCACAAGUGAUACAUCUCCGCCUGUUCCGCAAUUGCCUCAAUCCUUCACCAUUCCUGAUAUCUCUUUUCCACCUGAGCAAAUGGAGAAAUCAAAUUCUGCUUAUGACUCUCUUUAUGAUAUGUACGCUGGUGACAGUAGAGGAAAUUCUUCUGCGCAUCCUGAUACCCAAGGUCCUGGCGGACAACAGCCAGAAGCCGGCCAAGCAUUGGAAGUGGUGGAACUUGCGAAUGGAGAAACUAUCUGGUCCAUUGUAAAUGGCUUGCGGGACGAUGAUGCCGAGUCCUUUUAUGACGACAGGGCCAGCUUUGUCUCUGAGUAUUCUGUGAAGGAAACUGAGGCUGUCAAGGUUUCCUUCAAAGAGCAUGGUCGGAAAUCAUCUAAAGGCAGCACCACUUCUUUCCUGUCCCGAAGGAAACAAGUUCCAGCUGUUAAUCGUCCAGAGACGAAGGUGUUCUUCAGUUCUUCUGCUCAGAUUGGCCGCCUAAUUGAGAACCUCUCUCGUGGUAUGGACUCGGGUUCAUUCAACAUCACUCCGGAUGGCUCUAUUCAACGACCAGCGGGACAUUCCGCCACUUCUUCCAUUGGUUCCGACGCUGACAUGCGGUUUUCGGUAGAGGAGCGGCUGGAACAAAUGCUCGGAUCAAUGACAUCUCAUCCACAGUAGUUUCUGCUCCAUUCAAUCCCCUCUCUUUUAUGCUCUCAUCUUGGGCCGCUUAUACUUCUUCUGUCUGUAAUAUGCUUGGUUCUGGACUCUGGUGCUUCACGAUUACUACUUAUUAACUUAAUACGAGGACCAAUUACGCAUGACCUUAGGACUGUUAUCCAUUCAUCAAACUCGCUCUCCGACCUAACCUUGCCUCUUCGCGGUGAUUCCCUCAAUAUCCGUGGUAGUCCCGCCAUCGGUUGAGACAUAGCGUCAGUAGCGCAUACACUAUAAGGUCCUCGUUAUCGAAGUUGCACUGUAGGUGUGCAUGGGCAGGGCCAACUGGUGUGUUGUGCAGCGUAGGAAACCGCUCGAAGGCAGCAAUUAUCGUUGUAGGGCCUGAGAAUAACUGAAUGCUUGAUUAGAUUGGUUUGCGAUUGCUGCCGCAGUGGUUGAGUACUGAACAUUCGGGCGCUGCAUCGUUCACCAAAGAGCCGUCAAAAUAAAAUAAAAUAAGAAAAGAUUCGAGACUCACUUUGCCUGCGUGCCAGGCAUUACGAGGUAGGACAUUGGUAUAGAUGCUCCGCUUCCGAUGGUGAUGCUACCUAAGAGGAUAUCACCACCCCAGUCUAAACGGGCGAUGGCGAUGUUGGCGUCGCGGUACAUCUACAAAAAAAAAUGACGGAAGGUCACAGUUGAGUGUCACUAAUUUUUUCGGCAUCCGUCCCAGAUAUUCACGGUUGUUCUGGUGUCAGAGACCGCGUUUUUUUCAGUGACAAAAUGGUAGUACACCGGACGGUUCUGCUUUCCGACGUGGCCCAUCAUGAUACAGCCGUCGCGGAUGUCGUCUUUUCCUGUGAAAAAGAUAUCGUAGAGCUCUUGCUGGGACAUUGUGGGUAGAGGGGCUUCACGGGAGAAGACAUAUUGAACCUUCUGACAAAUGCCUUCAUAUGGCUUGUGGAACCGCAAUGCACCCUGACUCAAGGACAAGCUCCCGGUCGAAGCCUACUACCGUGGUUCAACCGCAUUCCGGCAUGGGAACGAAAAGUCCAUCGAUGGUGGCGUGGAAGCGGGCAUAUGGUUGCGCUUGCAGUUCCGGGUGAUUGAAGGGGUGAAGAUAAACGGACGCAAUGUCUUGGGCAUGGUAGGACGAUCCUCCCAAGCGAGUCAUUACAACUCCUGCCUUUCAUAGAAAUUUACCUUUGGCAUCGCGACUGCUAAAGUCUAAAUCCGCCACCAGGCACUUCCAGAGCCUUUCAAUAAUAAUGGUGACUUCUAGG